AUGCAAUGCGUUUUGCUUGUUCGGGACUCUCCUCGUGCACUUGCAUUGCAGCCCUCUCAUAAUUACCAUUCGAAUUCAGACGUAUCUAAUUCAGCAUUAGUCUUUGAAAAUACCCAUAUAACCUAUGACCGCCAACGUCCUCAAUGCAAUGUCACACUUGUAAAGGACACCGAAUUUAAUAAAAGCGAAUAUCGACAGCUUAGUCUAAGGCCUGUAUAUGGCUGUCUUGGGUUACUCCAAGUUGAAAAAGAUAUGUUUAUGGCAGUGGUAACAGAUUGCCAGCAUAUUGGAGAAAUUAGACUGGGAGAGUCAGUGCAUCGAAUAUCAGACGUAGAAUUUUAUUCACUCACAAACAGUUCUUACGAUUCUGUGUCAAACUCAUAUGCAUCAUAUAGCUCCACUCGAAUAUAUGAUGAGGAUGGGAUAUUGAGUCCACAAAGUGAACAACCUGUACAAAAUUACAUAAAUCUAUGUGCACCACUCAAAAAGUUAUUAUCAAAUGGACAUUUCUAUUUUUCAUCAGAUUUUGAUCUUACAAGAACUUUGGCCGCAAGAAUAACGAUGACAGCAGCAGAUAAAUAUUCUUUUGAUGAUAAUUUCUUAUGGAAUAAAUAUAUGAUUAAAGAGUUAUUGAAUUUUCGAUCCAAACUAAGCAAAUCAAAUCAGGCAGAUAUGGAUCGUUGUGGAUUUUUGGUACUUGCCAUUCAAGGAUAUAUCGGCAGGCAAGAAACAAUUAUGGGGUCAAUGCCAGUAUCUUUAUCAGUUAUAUCUAAAUUAAGUUGUAAACGUGCUGGCACGCGGUACAACACUCGCGGAAUUGAUGACGAUGGGAAAGUUGCGAAUUUUGUAGAGACCGAAACCAUCUUGCAAAUGCCUACUACUUGUUUCUCGUAUGUGCAAAUUCGUGGCAGCGUUCCUGUAUUUUGGGAACAACAAGGUCUCCAAGUUAUGUCGCACAAAAUUCAGAUUUCUCGUGGACCUGCAGCGACACAACCAGCAGUCGAACGCCAUUUUAAUGAAUUACAGAGUAGAUAUGGUGAUGUAGAUGUAAUCAACCUUCUUGGCAUAAAAGAGGGUGAAUCAGUUUUAAGUAAAGAAUAUAAAGAGCGUAUUGAUAGUCUAAAUGGAAACGGCAUCGAGAAUCGUGUACGCAUGACAAAUUUCGAUUUCCAUACUGUUUGUAAGAAUGGAAGUUAUGACAACGUCUCCUUACUGUUAAGCCAAAUUCGAGAAAGAUUGGAGUUUUUUAAUUUUUUUGUGUUGGAUAAGGAAACGAAUUCGCCCAUAUUCUAUCAAAAGGGUGUUUUUAGAACGAACUGUGUGGAUUGCUUGGACAGAACCAAUGUUGUUCAAACAAUUAUUUCGAAAACUAUAUUGGACUUGUAUCUUCGACAAAUAUUGUCCUUCACGAGAUAUGACACGGACAGUCUCUUUUCUCGACAUUCUUACUUAUGGGCCGAAAACGGAGACAGUUUGUCAAAAAUUUAUGCAGGAACAGGGGCUCUUAAGUCGGAGUUUACCCGUAGCGGAAAGCUUACUUGGUCAGGCGUACUUGGAGAUGCGACCAAGUCUGUAAAUAGGUUUUAUAUUAAUAACUUUCAAGAUAAGUCAAAACAAGAAGUUAUCGAUUUACUACUUGUAAGGAAAAUUAAUGUAUCAAAAAGUAAUCGAGAUACACGACCCUGUUCACGAAUUAGUAUUGGAGGAUAUGCAAAAAAGGUAUAUAAUCGUUCAUAUAAUCUCAACGGACGUUUGCCACAUGGAGAGUCAUUGUCAUCUUGGCUUUUUGCUUUUGACUAUCAUGAUCCAGAACCCGAACUUUAUGUUAUUGGGUUUCAAGAGAUUGUUGAACUGAUGCCCCAGCAGGUAUUUAUUUUACGACGAAUUUGGGAAAAAGAGAUAAGCGAAACACUAGAACGUCGACCUAAUAAACGCUCUGAUUAUGUCAUCUUGAGAUCCGGCCAACUUGUUGGAACAGCUCUUGUUAUAUAUGCAAGAUCAGAUAUAGUAUCCAAUAUACGUAAUGUGGAAUAUUUAAUGAAAAAAACUGGAUUGGGUGGGAUGGCAGGAAAUAAAGGAGCUGUUGCUAUUCGUCUUGAUUACCAUGACACGAGUAUGUGUUUUGUUACCGCACAUUUAGCUUCUGAAAGAAAUAGAGAUUACAAAACUAUACACGAUGGCUUGCUUUUCAGAAAUGGUCGUCGUCUUGAACAUCAUGAAAUCAUUAUCUGGUUAGGUGACUUCAAUUAUCGAAUAUCCUUGGGCAACGAGGAGGUUCGAAACCUCAUAGCAGAUAAUAACUUUAAUAAACUGUUAAAGGCCGAUCAGUUAACAAAGCAAAUCGAAUGGGGUCAGUCAUUUACCGAAUACAUAGAAGGUCCUAUAACUUUUUAUCCAACCUAUAAAUUUGAUAAUGGCACCGAUAAUUAUGAUACAAGCGAGAAGGCUCGGGUCCCGGCUUGGACCGAUCGAAUCCUGUAUUCUGGUAAUAAGAUUCAGCAAAUUGGAUAUUCACGAGCAGAAAUAAGGUUGUCAGACCAUCGACCCGUAAUGUCAUCAUUUGAUAUUGAAGUAAUCAAAUAUGAUGAAGCCGCUAAAGAAAAGAUACAAAGAGAUUUAUAUUUUGAGAAAUUGAAGCUUGUAUCACAAGCCAAUCCCAACACUUCGUCAAAUGACGAAGGCUCAUGGAAUAAAGUAGCAAAGAAUGUCAGAAAAGUCAACAAUCCUUUGCUAGGGGAUAAAUUUGGUAAUGGAAUUAUUAAAAAGAAACUUGCAGAAAACAAAGUUGAACCUGUUGUUGGUGUUUUGAUCGAUCUUGACGGUCCGAACAAAAUGCAUCUUUUAAGUAAAAGUUCACCCAAAAUAAACGUCGAACCUGGCAAAAUUAAAUCAGAUAAAACUAAAGGUCUCAGAAUGAUUAAUAAGAUGUCAAAAUUUAAAGUGUCCAACAAGGAAUGUUUCAAGGUUAAUGGAAUGAAGAUUCUGAAGACAUCUGCGGAAAUUGCAAAAAUUGUACCGUGUUUAGAAAGUAUCAUUAGCUUGUCAGACGAAAUUAUGAAAAUUCAUGAAAAUGCAAAAUACAAUGAAAAGACUUGCAGGUUAAUGGCUGAUAGGGUAGAUUUGGCAAUGACGUCAAUAAAACUAUUGAAAAGACACGUGAAUGAUGAUAACAAUAAAGUUCGACGACAAAUGAGUUAUCAAAAUGCAUUGGUUUAUUUUAUUGGGGUAUUAAAACAUAUUAAAACAUUUGUUGCAGAGAUUUCUGGGACAAAAGGGCUUAAAAAAUAUUUUAUUGCUAAUGCGGUUACAAAUCAAUUUAAUGAAAUAAGAGAUGAGUUUGAUAAUGCUUAUAAGUUAUUGGACCUUGCUAUAUCCAUUGAUCAUAUUAUUAGUCGUGAAAAAGAAGAUAUUGAAUUUAAAUUGGAAUUAGAAGAAUAUAAAAAACAUUAUGAAACUAUUAAUAAUAUGGGAGGAAAUAUUUCUUUUCUAACUAAAUUAGUUGAACGUAUAGAUAAAAAUACUUCUAAAGAUGAUAAGCUUCUCGAUGAUUUAAGACCACCAGAGAUUCAUCCAAAUGAUAUUUCACUUCCGGAAAAUUCCGAAUUUCAUGAAGAUAUCGAAUUGAGGAAAUAUAAAAAUCUUGAUGUGGCAUGUAAAAAAAUUGAAUCUAUCCAAGAUGAUACUCCUGUUUCAAAAAAGAUUCGUAAUACUUUGUCUAUUUGGAAUAAAUUACAUGAAUGUCCUAACGUGAUUAAAUUUUAUGGGAUUUCAAAAUUGGAUAUUGGAGAUUGUUUGAUUUUGGAAUGGGCCGAAUUAAAUAAUUUAAAAUAUGUUUACGAACAUCAUAAACUUUCAUGGGAUAUCAAAUUAAACAUUGCAAGAGAUGUUUUUCAAGGCCUUGGUUUCCUUCAUGCCAUUGGUAUUUUGCACCAUGAUGUAAGGGCGGAAAAUAUGCUGGUAACUAGUGGUUAUAAGUGCAAAAUAUCUAAUUUUAAUCUCAGUCGUGAAUUUAAUACCGAAUCUCGUGAAAUCUCGGACCUUCUACAAAUAGUUCGUUGGAUGGCACCAGAAAAACUUAAAAAACUUAACACAAAAAAUCCAUAUAACUAUGCGUGCGAAACGUACAGUUUUGGAAUGUUCCUUUGGGAACUUUCUUUUAAUAGAAUUCCAUAUGAAAAUCUUGAACCUGAAGGCGUAGAAGAAUAUGUUCUCAAAGGAAAUCGAGAGACUUUGGAAUUUGAGAAAGGUCCAAGUGAUAUUAUUGAAGGUUUUACCAAAAUUAUCACAUUAGCAUGGCAAGAAGACCAUCGGAUCCGUCCAAAAGAUCCAGCCGUUGCCAGAAUCCUUGAAUCAUUGGUUAAAUCCCGUUCUAACAAGGGAAUUAGUCCAAUGGUCCCUUGUGAGCAAAAUAAAACUGUCACCGUUACAUCCUUGGAAAUUUCACGAAACAUUUCUGAUACGGAAUAUGAUAUUGAAAUCGAUGAAAAUUUGGAGUUAAAUCUUGAGGAUGACGAUGAUGAUGAAGAAGGAUAUCACGUCGAAAAAGACAGAAAAGAGGCUACAAGAUUAUAUAAAAUUGCAGCGGAUGCUGGUAAUGCUGAGGCUCAAUUUAACUAUGCCAUGGCUUUUAAAGAUUCUGAUAAGAAAAUUUUUUUGGAAUAUUUAACCAAAUCGGCAGAAAAUGAUAAUAUCUCAGCUUUAUUCAAUUUAGGAAAAAUGUAUUAUAAAGGUAAAUCUAAAAAAACUAAAGAAAAAGGAAUUAAUUAUCUUAAAAUCGCUUCCUUAAAUGGUGAUCCCAGAGCAACUACAUUUUUACAAGAAAAUGGGAUCUCCCUUUAA